ACCACAUGCAUAUAAUCCCUGAGUUGACCCAGAAAACAAACUGACUGCCGAGACGCCGCACAGUUCCUAUCCGCUGGAAGGCUGCAUGUAGCCGGAUCACCAGCUGCACAGAGACCCCCCCUUCGGUACGGAAACUUCUCCACAAAUCAACAUUUAAACAUCGGGGCGAUCGAGGCCAUGGCUGAACACAUGAUGAUGCCCAUGCAGCACGGCUUCAGGAUGGGCAUGAAUGGACCCCCGCAGCACCAGGGUCAGCCCGGCCUGCGCACUAUGCACAACGGCCAGGUGAUGCAUUAUGGGAGAAACCCUCAGAGCAACAUGGAGGCCGCCAUGAGGCAGCGGCAGGGCAUGGUGGGCCCCGGAGGCAUGGCCCCCGUGAAUGCUGCUCCGAUGGCCAACCACCACCACCAGAUGAUGUCCGGGAACAUGAUGUACAACGGGCAGCAGCAGCAGCACCACAUGCACCCCCAACAACAACAACAACAACAACAACAACAACAACAACAACAACAACAGCAACAGGGGCAUCCACAACAACAAUUACAACAGGGACACCCACAACAACAACAACAACAACAACAACAACAACAACCACAACAACAGGGGCAUCCACAACAACAGCAACAGGGACACCCACAGCAGUACAUCCCCGGAAGCCUCACCUCCCAGCAGCUGAUGGCCAGCAUGCACCUGCAGAAACUCAACACGCAGUACCACGGACACCCUCUGGCUUCGAACGGUCACCACAUGCAGAACGGAGCUCAGUACCGGGUGAAUCCGGCGCAGCUUCAUUCAGGCAUGCAGCACCUCGGAGGACCUCAGGGACAAAACACUGACAUGGAUCUGAUCGACGAGGAGGUGCUGACAUCGCUGGUGCUGGAGUUCGGGUUGGACCGCGUUCAGGAGCUGCCCGAGCUCUACCUGGGACAGAACGAGUUCGACUUCAUUUCAGACUUUGUGUGCAAACAGCAGCCGAGCACGGUGAGCUGCUGAGAACCAAGCUGCUUUGUUUUAAGACUGGACGACCCCCCCAAAGAAUGAGUAGCACAGCGAGGAGGAGACAAUCUCUUGUUUCUGUUGUACGGCUGUUUCUGUGUUUCUGCCGCCUUUACGUUGACACUGAGGAAAGCACACUGGGUUUCUCCUCUUUGAGCCGUUGCCAGGAAGAUCUUCGGCUGAAUUGACGAGGCGUCCUGUUUGGACCCAUCUGGCCCUUCAGCACAUGUGCCUGCAUUGCUAAGGCUUUGGGAUAUCUAAAACAAACGCAGGCCUGAAAAGACUAUCCAUCGGGAUCUGCUACAUCCUCUAACUGACACCUUCAAACAGUAGCAGAGACAUUUUUAAAAGGUAGUCCUCUUGAGUUUGUUUGUACAAGAAUGAAGGGAUUCUGUUUCCGACGUGCAUAUUGAAGGCUGGCUCUUCAAAAACUGAGUUCCUACAAAAAAAAUAAAACGUCCACAUUUCCAUGAAAGGCAGGAGGAUGUGCUGCUUUCCUGAUGAGGUUUAUCUGGGAUUGGCUGGGUGAAAUGUGCUGUAUUGAUUCAUUCAGUGUCAUUUACCUGACUCUGGAUUAAAUCAGCAAUCAUUAAACGCACUGCAUCUGCUCUGCGCUAAUUAACUGUGAUUGAAUCAUCGGGAAAAGUAGCGCAUUGCUUCGAGAAGUCGGCUUAGAAACAAAGCAUUUAUCUUUUAGGAAAUGGCCUCUGUCCACGACAAAAGCAAAUGUUGGGGUUAUUGCUUUUGCAGGAUAACAAGAAUCUUAAAUGAGGGAGAAAUAACUGUGGCCUGUUACAA